AUGAAAAAUAAUGUUGAAGGAUUAGAAUUUGUUAAAAUUUACGGGCAUUUUAUUGUCUUUUCCUGUAUUACUGAAGAAGAGGCUGGACAAGAGAAUUUUUGCGGAUUUUUGGAGAAUUUGGAUAAAAUAAAUGAACAAAUUGAGAAAAUUAAUCAAAUUGAAAUUUAUCAUAUUGGAUUAAGAACAGAGGAUUGUCCUACAGAAUUAGGAAAAAUUAAAAAUGAGGAGGGAAAAUUUGAUUUCGAAGAAAAGGAAGUAUCAUUAAAGUAAGAAACUUAAAAGUUUUCGUUACUGUUGUUUAUGGGACUGAAAUUGUUUAUUGUGAUGUUUGUAGAGGAUUAUUAGACGCAUUUAAACUUAACAAAAUCCUUCUUUUAGCAUUCGCACCAAAAUUUUUAAAAUUUCAGUGUAAAUUUUUGCACUUCGUGGCUAGUUGGAAUUAAAGGUAAAGAUGAAUUGGGGGACAAUGAUUUGUUGAAAUUUGAAAUAGAAGAGGGUGUUAAAACAACAGGAGUUACUGAAGAUUUGAAAAUAUUUGUUAUAUUACAAAAGGAAAUUGAAAAU